GGGGCCCAGCAUGGUCAUGGCGGAUGGCCCGAAGCACUUGCAGCGCGGGCCGGUCCGGGUGGGGUUCUACGACAUCGAGGGCACGCUGGGCAAGGGUAACUUCGCCGUGGUGAAGCUGGGGCGGCACCGGAUCACCAAGACGGAGGUGGCGAUAAAAAUAAUCGAUAAAUCUCAGCUGGAUGCAGUGAACCUUGAGAAAAUCUACCGAGAAGUACAAAUAAUGAAAAUGUUAGACCACCCUCACAUCAUCAAACUUUAUCAGGUAAUGGAGACCAAAAAUAUGUUGUACCUUGUGACAGAAUAUGCCAAAAAUGGAGAAAUUUUUGACUACCUUGCUAAUCAUGGCCGGUUAAAUGAGUCUGAGGCCAGGCGCAAAUUUUGGCAAAUCCUGUCCGCUGUUGAUUAUUGUCAUGGCCGGAAAAUCGUGCACCGUGAUCUCAAGGCUGAAAAUCUCCUGCUGGAUAGCAACAUGAACAUCAAGCUAGCAGAUUUCGGUUUUGGAAAUUUCUUUAAAAGUGGCGAACUGCUAGCAACUUGGUGUGGCAGCCCCCCUUACGCAGCCCCGGAGGUCUUUGAAGGGCAGCAGUACGAGGGACCGCAGCUGGAUAUCUGGAGCAUGGGAGUUGUUCUUUACGUCCUUGUCUGUGGAGCUCUGCCUUUUGAUGGACCAACUCUUCCAAUUUUGAGGCAGAGAGUUUUAGAAGGAAGAUUCCGGAUUCCAUAUUUCAUGUCAGAAGAUUGUGAGCACCUUAUUCGAAGGAUGCUGGUGCUGGACCCAUCCAAACGGCUAACGAUAGCUCAAAUCAAGGAGCAUAAAUGGAUGCUCGUAGAAGUUCCUGUACAGAGACCUGUUCUCUAUCCACAAGGGCAAGAAAAUGAGCCAUCCAUUGGGGAAUUUAAUGAACAGGUUCUGCGACUGAUGCACAGCCUUGGAAUAGAUCAGCAGAAAACCAUCGAGUCUUUGCAGAACAAGAGCUACAACCACUUUGCUGCCAUUUAUUACUUGUUGGUGGAGCGCCUGAAAUCACACCGGAGCAGUUUUCCCGUGGAGCAGAGACUCGACGCCCGCCAGCGGCGGCCCAGCACCGUGGCUGAACAGACCGUUGCCAAGGCACAAACGGUGGGGCUGCCGGUGACCGUGCAUUCACCCAGCGUGCGGCUGAUGCGGUCCGCCCUCCUCCCACAGGCGUCCAACGUGGAGGCCUUUUCAUUCCCAGCAUCCGGCUGCCAGGCGGAAGCAGCAUUUAUGGAAGAAGAGUGUGUCGACACGCCAAAGGUAAACGGCUGUCUGCUGGACCCCGUGCCGCCCGUGCUGGUGAGGAAGGGCUGCCAGUCGUUGCCCAGCAACAUGAUGGAGACCUCCAUCGAUGAGGGGCUGGAGACAGAGGGAGAGGCUGAGGAGGACCCCAGCCAGGCCUUUGAUGCGUUCCAGUCCACACGCAGUGGGCAGAGACGGCACACUCUGUCAGAAGUCACCAAUCAGAUGCUCGUGGUGCCUGCUUCAGGGAAAAUUUUCUCCAUGAGUGACAACCCCUCCCUUGACAGUGUGGACUCGGAGUAUGAUAUGGGGUCUGUUCAGAGGGACCUGAACUUUCUGGAGGACAACCCUUCCCUUAAGGACAUCAUGUUAGCCAAUCCGCCCUCCCCACGCAUGACGUCUCCCUUCAUCAGCCUGAGACCUGCCAACCCGGCCAUGCAGGCUUUGAGCUCCCAGAAGCGAGAGGCCCACAACAGGUCGCCAGUGAGCUUCAGAGAGGGCCGCAGGGCGUCGGAUACCUCCCUCACCCAAGGAAUUGUGGCAUUUAGACAACAUCUUCAGAAUCUGGCCAGAACCAAAGGAAUCCUAGAACUGAACAAAGUGCAGCUGCUCUACGAACAGCUCGGACCAGAGGCAGACCCGGACUUGGCACCUGCUGCCCCUCAGCUCCAGGACCUCGCCGCCAGCUGCCCUCAGGAGGAAGUUUCUCAGCAGCAGAAGACGGUCUCUGCCGUGCCGGGCCCUGCGCGCCCGCAGCUUCCCCCGCGCCAGAGCCUGGAGGCACAGUAUCUCCACAGACUCCAGAAGCCCAGCCUUCUGUCAAAAGCGCAGAACACCUGUCAGCUGUACUGUAAAGAGCCACCGCGGAGCCUCGAGCAGCAGCUGCAGGAACACAGACUCCAACAGAAGCGACUCUUUCUCCAGAAACAGUCUCAGCUACAGGCCUACUUUAAUCAGAUGCAGAUAGCAGAGAGCCCAUACCCGCCGCCCGGUCAGCAGCUGCCCCUGCCCCGCCAGGACACGUCCACGCCGUCCCCGCAGCCCCCGCCUUUCAGCCUGCCCCAGCCCCUGAGCCCCGUGCUGGAGCCCGCUUCCGAGCAAAUGCAGUACAGCCCCUUUGUCAGCCAGUUCCAGGAGAUGCAGCUGCCACCCCUGCCCUCAGCACCGCGGCCCCGGGCUCCUCCGCUGGCCGUGCGCCUGCAGCCGCCGCCGCCGCCGCCCCCGCCGCCCCCGCCGCCCCCGCAGCAGGCCGGAGCCACCCCAGCCCCCUUACAGUUCUCCUACCAGACUUGCGAGCUGCCGGGGGCAGCCUCCCCGGAGCCAGACUACCCCGCUCCCUGCCAGUACCCCAUGGAGGGGGCGCCACAGAGCAGUCUGGCUGCGCAGGACUGUCCCCGGAACUCGGGACUGCAGGAGGCCCCCUCCAGCUACGACCCUCUAGCCCUCUCAGAGUUCCCUGGACUCUUCGAUUGUGAAAUGCUAGAGGCUGUGGACCCACAGCACGGUGGCUACGUCCUGGUAAACUAACCUCAGCACGGGAAGUGAGGCGGGUCCAGUGAAGGAAGAAUGUGUGUUUCUAUUUUUAUUCCAGCCUUUUCAAUUUAAAGCUUAUUUUCCUGCCUUCUCCCAAAUGGAGAAAAAGUAAGUUGCCCACCUGGAAUCAGAGGGCCUGGCCAGGCCACGUGUCUCUUUCUCCUGGCUCUGCCCCACCAUAGUCCUCUGGGGCCAGUGCGGAGCGUAGCGGUAGCCGAAGUCCUGCCCUUCCAGCAGGCAGAGGCCGCUCUCACGGGAGGCACUGACAGGCUUUUAGGAGACGACAUCCAGACCUAGGUUUUCUGUAGAACAACACCAGCUUGUUAUCGAGGGAAACCUUGGUGGAAGCAGGAAAAACUGUGCCAUUAGAUAUGGGCAAAACCAAAACAGAACAACGUGACACCAGAUUUUUCACUGAAGCCAAGCAACACGCGUUCUGUUACACAAGUCGAGGAUACGUGAUGGGCUUUGAUGCACAGGAAGUAAAGGGAAAGCUGUGCUUUGUCAUCAAGUCCUCAGUCUGAAGCCGCUGCUCCCGGUUGUCCCCGAGACCACUGCAAAGAAGUGGAACGUGAGCUUCGUUUCUGGGGCCACGAAGUCACAGCUGGCACUGACCCCUGGGACGGGCAGUCGUCUCCACUUGGGAGCAGUGACUUCCUUCUUCCGAAGGUUCCCUGGGGUGCAGAGUGGACUCAGGGCUCCAACACGGUCACCUGUAGAACCACGAGACCCAGCACAGCGGAGGCAGGGGCAGGCCACAAGGAGCGCUCGGGAGCAGCAGCCCUGGGCCAAGGGAAGACGGGCUAUUCCGGCUAAGUCUUUGGUGUAAACCGCUGGUCUGGGACAGUCGAUCUCCAGAGGACCGAGCGUCUCUUUUAAAAUGUAGUAACUACUCUGACUUUACCUUCUGUGUCGCUAGUAGUUUAUUGAGCUUUGUAUGUUUGGGCAGUUUCAUAGGGCUUAGGAAUUUCAAGGACAAGAAACAUGAACUUUGAUCUCCCAUGUGAAGUGGUAGUGCUGUGCCUUUUUUCCCCCCAGAUCAUGCUUUAAUUCUUUCUUUUCUGUAGAAACCAACAGUUUUCCAGUUAUGUCAAUGCUAAAUCCAAAGUCACUUCAGAGUUUGUUUUCCACCAUGUGGGAAUCGCAUUCUUAAUUUCCUUAGUUCUGACUUGUAACGAAACGUUCAAGUAUUACAGCAAUAUUUAAAACCACAGACGUGUUAACCACCUAGCGGAUCAGCUGUCAAAACACGUGCUAUGACUAGUGAAAACGUAACCUUCAUUCUUACAGUUCUCUCACCAGAGUAAGUAAAAGUCCAAGUAAAACGCGCCAGCUAGUUAACCAUAGACCUAGACGUCACAACCUGUCGCUCGGACAGCAACAUCCCAGUGUUACAAACCCAGUGUUACUGACAAAGACUGUCGUUUCUGUCCUGUAGAAUGGCUUGUCCUAGCAGCAGAUGAAUGCGCUAAGCACAAAGCAUCACAAAGCACAAAGAAGAGAGACACUACCAUGCUGCAUCCAGAAACACCUUUAAGUUGCCUUUCCUCGUUGUAGAGGGUGUCCAGGCAGGUGAGAAGCGUGCCCCGGCCCAGCCGCUCCCAGCAGGGGUGAGGGGAGCAGUCCUCGGUCCCGGCUCUGGUGGGCGUGAGGACGUGCCACAGAAGUGCUCUGCUGGGGGGAGCAUUCAGGCCUUA